AGUUAUGGUGGUUUCUAGGGCAUUCCAAUUUCCACAGCUAGCCUAAUACUCUUGUCAAACUUCCCUCACUCUCACUCUCACUCUCUCUCUCUGAAGAAGUAUAGUAGCGAUUGAUUGUUGAAUAAUAUGGCGGAGGCUGAAGCUGCAUCGUCGGUUGCUCCGAACGCUGAAUUGUUGGAAUGGCCGAAAAAGGACAAUCGCCGAUUCCUUCAUGUUGUGUAUCGUGUUGGUGAUCUUGAUCGCACCAUCAAGUUUUAUACUGAAGCUUUUGGAAUGAAGCUGUUGAGGAAAAGAGACAUUCCGGAGGAGAAAUACUCGAACGCCUUUCUCGGGUUUGGCCCGGAGGAAUCUCACUUUGUUGUUGAAUUAACAUACAAUUAUGGCGUGACUUCAUAUGAUAUUGGCACUGGGUUUGGACAUUUUGCUAUAGCAACUCCAGAUGUUUACAAACUGGUCGAACACGUUAGGGCCAAGGGAGGCAAUGUCACCAGGGAGCCUGGUCCUGUGAAAGGUGGAAAGUCUGUCAUUGCAUUUGUUAAGGACCCUGAUGGUUACACUUUCGAGCUCAUUCAACGGGAAUCAACUCCUGAACCACUUUGCCAAGUAAUGCUUCGUGUUGGUGACUUGGAGCGCUCUAUCAAGUUUUACGAAAAGGCUUUGGGGAUGAGUGUAGUGAAGAGGGUUGAUAGGCCUGAGUACAAGUACACCAUUGCCAUGUUGGGGUAUGCCGAAGAAGAGAAGACAACUGUUCUCGAGUUGACUUACAAUUAUGGCGUGACUGAAUAUACCAAGGGAAAUGCAUAUGCCCAGAUUGCCAUUAGUACCAACGAUGUAUACAAAAGUGGUGAGGUUGUGAACUUGGUCACACAAGAGCUUGGAGGAAAGAUUACUCGACAAGCAGGACCAAUUCCUGGAAUCAACACCAAGAUUGUCUCUUUUCUUGAUCCAGAUGGCUGGAAAACCGUCUUGGUUGACAAUGAAGAUUUCCUCAAUGAACUCAAUAAGGAAGAUUAAAUGCGUAAUGUAGGAUAUUUAGGAUGCAUUAGGCACUUAAAAGACAUAUCUCGUAUGAAUAAAUGAGUGUCUAGUACUGUAGCAACCAGUAUUUGACUGUUUUAUUAUGGUUGCCGCUUUGUAAAUCCUCUUUUGGGAUAGCUACUUGUGUGUUGCAGUUCCUCGUGUAGCUAUUGUGGACCUGACUGCGAGGAAUUUGAUGUUUGUGUACACUGCCCUUAUGCAAUUGCCUAGCCUGGAGAUAUCAUAUGAUUCUAUUAUCUUCUCUAAAA